UCUUUUAGCUAUGGUUUAGUUAAACUUAGCUUUUAGCUGCUGUUUGAAUAAAUCGGGUGUUAAAUUCUGUGACCACGCAGGUAAAACUAUUUCAGAAAUGUUUUAACCUCAGGUCACAGUUUUGAUGACUUCUGUAGGACCGAGGGGAUUUGACAGACCAUGCACCGGAUGAUGGGAUCCCUUUACAGUGAGACCCCCCUCCCCCGACCCCGCCUGUCCAAUGAGGAUGGACGCCACCCAGACACCCGGGUCAGGCCUCCUCAAAAUAACCUGCAGCCGCUGCUGACAAAUGUUGCUGCUUUUUCCCAGUGACAGGUCGCUGCAGAUCCCAGGCCCAACAGUUCCUGUAAACUUCAGGGGCCGACUCUGCCUGGGGACACCAGGAGGCCCCUGCCACCAGGAGCACCUGCCCCAGGUCCAAGACCUAUCCAGGAGGGAGCGACCUGAGGACUGGAGUGUCUCCGGAGUCCACAGAUUUAAGUUGACCCCCACUGGCAGAGACCCAAGUUCUUYGGUGACAUGAGUCAUUCAGAUGCUUCCUCCUCGCACCUUCAGAUCUACGGGUCUCUUAAAGGUAAGGGUGACGACACCCUGGGCCGCCGCGACCCCCCGCUCCCGGACCUGUCGGCCUUCCUCAGUCAGGAGGAGCUGGAUGAGAGCGUGAAUCUGGCCCGCCAGGCCAUCGGACACGAGCCCAGCGAUGAGAGGACAGGGGUCAAGGCUUCGGUGACCUCGGCUACCACCUCCAACAUCCCACCCUCGAUGUCAGGAGAGUGUUUCUCCAACCAUUCGCCUGUCCCCUUCGUCCCCCCCUCGACCACCCAGACGUCUUCUGAGGUACCGGUGGUCCACCCCAACAGAAAGGUGCACAAAGCGUCCACACAGGAGGACAACAUGAUCCGGAACAACAUGGAGGGGCUCAACCAUCGGAACAGUCCAGCAAAAAGUGCCCCAUAUGGUCCGGAGACCCAGUCCAAAAAGGAGUUCCUGAACAAGGCGGCGGACUUCAUCGAGGAGCUCUCCUCCCUCUUUAAGGCCAACAGCUCCAAACGGGUACGACCAAGGUCCUGCAAGGCCCACAGGAGCCGGGUUCAGAACAAGACCCAGAGCGAGGAGAACAUCUAUCCCCUCAGCUCUGACAGCAGGGAGCGAGCCGUCCUGCCUCUGGAGGCGGAGAAGGACAGACCCGACCCACCUGUCCCAGCUGUCACCCACCACCCGGUGGCUCAGCAGGACCCGGGGAGUCAGCUCGUGGAGUUUCAGGACUGUGGAGUUACACAAGAGGAGCGUUUUGACUUUGUGUCCCAGGAGGAAGGAGAUCAGGYUGAGAGUCCACAUCAGGCAGAACCUGCAUGUGGGCCGCCACAUUUCAUCCAGAAACUGAAGAGCAGGGAGGUUCCUGAAGGCAGCAAGGUCCGGCUAGACUGCAUCGUACAAGGACAUCCAGCACCUGAAGUUCGGUGGUUCUGUGAGGGAAAGGAGCUGGAAGACUGCCCCGACAUCCAGAUCCUCACCGGCGGAGAGCUGCACUCGCUCAUCAUCGCCGAAGCGUUCGAGGAAGACACCGGUCGAUACUCCUGCUUUGCAUCGAACAUCUACGGGACGGACUCCACGUCAGCCGAGAUCUACGUGGAAGGUGCCUCGUCCUCAGAUUCUGACGGGGACCAGCACUUUGAGCACGUUGCGCAACUGCAGAAGAAACAGCCGAAAUCGUCUCCUUAUUUACCUCAGCUAUCGAACCAAACUGGUCCCGUGGAAAAGGACGGCUCAUCUCAGGCAGCAGAACCCGCCGAGGAACCGGCUGAGGAACUCUCCUCUAUAAAGGUUCCAGAAGAAGCUCCUUUGGUGGUUCGGACGUCUUCGGCUGUGCUCCCGGCCUUGGAGAUCUCUAAAGUGUCCCUGCUGCACCCGGCUCAGGGGGAGACCACGACCGCUCAGAUUCUCCCGAACUCYUCCAGUCUUACAGAACCCACGGAGGUCUGGGGGGGUCCAGUACCUGAUCCAGACGUGGCAGCACCACAGCUGGAGCAGACGGCUGCAAAAACAUCUGCUUCUCCGGGUUUAAACUCGGGCGUGUCGUCCGUCCUGCCUGCAGCCGGACAGCAGAGUCAGAGCCCAGAUCUCCAGCUGAGUCAGAGGAAAUCUGCACUCUGGUCAUCGCCGAGGUGUUUCCUGAGGAUUCUGGGAGAUUUACCUGUUUAGCAAGCAACACCUACGGAGCCGAAUCCAGCUGCGCUACCCUGAAGGUCAAAGGUAACAGCAGCAGCAGCAGCCAUGUGAGAAACCAUCAGAACCUGGAGCUUUCCCCAUCAGGUCCUGCUAGAACCUCUCCACCAGAACCUCCAGGUCCCGGCAGCACCAAGCCCCACUCCAGCACCGUCCACCUUGAACCUUUAGUGUCGAGCUCGUUACGCCCGGACCCCGUGUGCACCUGGAACCUGGAACCCCCCGGCUCAAGAGCGUUACUGUCCAGCCAAAACUCAGACCCUCCCUCCGUCCACCGGGAUCCUCAGGGGUCCACCGGAGCGCUUCGAGACCCGCAGCCGAGCAGGGAGAUGCUUUCAGACCAAAACUCCCGGACAUUUUCAGCGUGCGGACCCUCGGCCACGUCACCGGACCAGAACCGGAGCGACGAAAGAAAUCUGAACGUUACCCCCGGCGUCGGCCCCCUGCCGGACCCUCCKCUUAACUCCUGCCUCAAAACGAACUCCCUGACGAACCACAAGGAGUCGCGCUCCGGCUCGCGGCGCGUGCACUUCAAGCUGCCCGAGGAUGAGGAGGACGAAGAACGCGACUCCAGCCGUCUUGCUGACGAAGACGUCGGUCUGGAUUCGGUCGGCAAAGAACCGCCGCCUGUGCUGGCCAAACCCAAACUGGACCCUGCUCAGCUGCAGCUUCUGCACAGCCAGGUUCUCCUGGAGCAACAGCAAGAACCUAAACCUCAGCCUCAGUCCCAGACCCCAUUCCAGAUCCAGGUCCAAUCAGAGGUGCAAAGUCCUCAAGAAACUUCCUUGUGGUCUCCCAGGCUGCAGCGUGAGCCUCAGGCUCCGCUUUUCCAGUCGAGUCUCGGCGCGAUCUCUGCCUCGCAGCCGAUCCCUCGACCUGCGGCGCCCCCGGUACUGGGUCCUGUGCGGCCCCCGGUGCCAUCACAGACCUCUGUCCCAGCAGGUCCACCUCCAAUCAAGACGUCCUCCGCUCCUCAGAUCAGGACUUCCUCUGUUGUGACAUCCCCGCCUCCUGCCCCGAACUUUACCACACCUCCCGCAUCCUUCGUGAGCCAUAUCAACACCAUCCACGCCUCCCACCUGAACCUCUCCCCCGCCGCUCUCGCCAGAACUGCACCCAGACCUCAGUUCUGUCCCCCAGCACCUACGCUGAACGCCGUCCCCACAGACCUGACCUUACAGCAGAUCACAUCCCCCACCCCACAACUCAGGAGCACCCACGCCUCCCUCAUGAACCUGACCUCCAUCUCCCACACCUUCAACUACACCCGGCCCAAAGAGUUCAUCGCGGCUCAGACCUUUUCCCCCGUCAGGAGUCCGUCCCUAACCGAAUCCCCGGUUCCUCUCCUCCAAGAGCUUGCCGCUGAGCUCAACUCUUCGGAGGCUAGCUCCCCGAUCCCCCCGCCUUUCUCACCACCGCCCAGAAUCUCCCCAACAAGGGUGCUCAAGUCCCCCACCAGCCCUCCAUCCCUCGUGUCAUCGCCCACGCUAGGGUCUGUGCUGGCCUUCCGGGCCCAGUCCCCACCACAAGCUUCCUCUCCCACCUCCAGCAGCUCCACCCCCAGCCCGAUCCAGAACCCCGUGGCCUUCCUGAGCUCCGUCCUGCCGUCGCUGACCCUGAGUCAGCCCACCAACUCCAUGGGUCUUCCCAAAGGAGCUCCUUCAGGGGUUCAGAAGAAAACACCAAAGACUCAUCUCCCAUCAGCCGAAAGAGUCCGGGAAAGCAAAGAACUCCUCCUCCACCACAUCGARAAGAAACUUCGAUUCAAAGACGAAACACCACAGUUUUCUUAUCAACAGAAGCUGCAUAACAAGGGGGAAACAGCCAGCAGACCCCUUGGACCAAACAUUCCUGCUACUGUCUUUAACUAUGAUGAGGAGUACAAAGUGUCCAAUUUCGAACAGAGGCUGAUGAGCGAAAUCGAGUUUCGCCUGGAGCGGACGCCGGUGGAGGAGUCGGAUGACGAGGUGCAGCACGACGACGUCCCGACGGGGAAAUGCAUCGCGCCGGUUUUUGAGAAGAAGCUGAAGAACUUCAAGGCGAUGGAGGGCGUGCCGGUCACCUUCACCUGUAAAGUGUUGGGAAUCCCGCUCCCGAAGGUUUAUUGGUUCAAGGACGGCAAGCAGAUUCUGAGGAAGAACCUCCACUACAGGAAGAUCAGGGAAGGCGACGGCACCUGCGCUUUACACAUCGAGUCCACGACCAACGACGAUGACGGCAACUACACCAUCAUGGCCGCCAACCCACAGGGACGGAUCAGCUGCUCGGGACAUUUAAUCGUCCAGUCUGGACCACCCCGGAACCGCCUGACGCCGAUCCAGUCCCAGAGGGUGCGAGCUCGCGUUCAGGAGGUGGAAAGCGAACAAACCCAGGAGCGUUUUUUCCGGCCUCACUUCCUGCAGGCUCCGGGGGACACGAUGGCUCACGAGGGCAGACUCUGCAGACUGGACUGUAAAGUGAGCGGCCUCCCCAGCCCGGAGCUGAUGUGGCUGGUCAACGGGAGGCCCAUCUACCCGGAUCUGUGCCACAGGAUGCUGGUCCGAGAGAACGGCGUCCACUCGCUGGUCAUCGACCCUCUGACGCAGAGCGACGCCGGCACGUACACCUGCAUCGCGAGCAACAAGGCGGGGCAGAGCUCCUUCAGCCUGGAGCUGAAAGUUGUCGAGAAAGAGAUGAAGCACCCGCCACAGUUUGUGGACAAGCUGCAGAACAUGGGGAUUCCUGAGGGAAUCCCCGUCAGGCUGGAGUGUCGCGUGGUGGGCAUGCCCCCCCCGGUCAUCUUCUGGAAGAAAGACAACGAGACCAUUUCUAAAACCAAGGACCGGAUCAGCAUGUMUCAGGAUGCCACCGGAUACGUUUGUCUCCUUAUCCAGCCGACGAUGAAGGACGACGCCGGCUGGUACACGGUCGCAGCCAAAAACGACGCCGGGGUCGCCUCGUGCACCUGCAGACUAGACAUCUACGCGCAGUGGCACCAGAGCGUCCCGCCGCCCAUGAGGAAGACCCAGCGAGCGAGCGGCCGCUACUCGGCUCUGACGGGCCAGGGGCUCGACGUCCGGUCCGCCUUCUCCACGUCGGACGCCAGCCCCUUCCUGUUCGCCAGCAGCCCCCCCGAGGCCACGCUGGAGAGCGAGGAGCUGUGAGGAGGAUCGUAAAGUGUGAAGCGUUUGAAGUGUUCCUUUCAGAUUAAAACAGCAACAGAUUACAGCUGUCAGCACUGAGAGUGGGUUUUUCACCAUUCCUAUUUACUCAAAUGAUUUAAAAGAAGAUUUGYGAAGUCUUACGAGCCGCCGGUGGAUGUUUUUCUGUUUUUAUGAGAGGUCUGAAUGAUUCUUUCUUAAAUAUUUCAUCACUGGUUUACAACUUUGCACCAUGUUUUUAAUAUGCAUGCAAAAAAAAGGCAGAUUAAACUGCAGUAAUCUGGGAUUUUAAUGCUAAAAUCUGGCUUUUUUUAUUUUUGGUGAAUGAAAUGAGCUUUAUAUUUAUUUCCAUUAAAAGAAAUUCAGUCUAGAGGAACUCAGUCAGAUUAGACUAAAAAACAACUUAGACACAGAAUUAAACAGAAUAUUUAGAGAGUUUGAUUUAAUAAAUSAGAGCUUUUAAAAAAGGUUUGAAUGCUGGUUAUUUGUGUAAAUACUUCUGUCCAUCUCAGAAUAAAGUUAUAUUUAUGGCGA